AGGGAUGAUUUGAUUAGUUGGUGCCUUCUGCUGCCUUGGUGGUGGUGGUGCGCGUCCCGUCGGGAGGAGGAAGAAGCAGAAAGGCCAGCAGCUCAGGUGGCGGGGAUGGGUCGCGGCGGCGGCAUGGGGAACCCAGUCAACGUGGGCAUCGCGGUGCAGGCGGACUGGGAAAACCGCGAGUUCAUCUCCAACAUCUCCCUCAACGUCCGACGCCUCUUCGACUUCCUCCUCAGAUUCGAAGCUACGACAAAGAGCAAGCUGGCAACUUUGAACGAGAAGCUUGACAUCCUAGAGCGGAAGCUGGAGGUGCUUGAAGUUCAAGUGAGCAGCGCGACGACCAACCCUUCCGUCUUCAACUAGAAAAGUCCAAGGACCGGCGUGCAUAGCUUGCAGCAUCGCAGUGUAUGUAUGUAGGUAUGAAUGUUGCGUGAACGUGUGCGACUGUGUAUCGUCUUCCAGAUGUUGGAGAGGCAUGUAAAGCACCACCACCGCUAGUAUCAAUGUUUGUACAAUUGGAAUGUUGCACAAGUAGACGGCAAGUUGCACGGUUGAGUUUCCGUGGAGGUAAUUAAUUGAUAAGAGUGUUUGCUGGACAUGUUGU